AUGGAAAAAAUAUGUUUACCUCCGUCGCAAAAGAGAACAGGUUCUGCAGAGGUGGGCCCACACGAUUGGAGUGGAAUGAAUUCGCAGCAAAAAUUGUCACUUUCUCGAGCUCUGCGAAAUGUACAUCCGGACGACAAGCGAUUGUACCGGUGUAUCGAAGCGACUGCAAGAAAAAUGAUCGAUAAUCCAAAUCAAGACGUAGCUACUACAAGAAACUCUGAAUUACUUACCGACUGCGACUGUUCGGAAGACUCUUCAGAUUUGAACAGCUCAUUCUGGGACUUAUUCAAAUCCAAAAGCUACACGGAAGAGCAGCUUCAGCGCUUCCUCGACGUCAUUCAAGAAAGACUCAACGAAGAGCUAAACAAACGUAUCACCAGUAACGACAAAUGUAAAGUAUGCACUACGAAAAAAGCUGCCGAGUACUGUAUCGUCCGCGUGAUCGUGAGCUCGUCGAGUGAUGACUUCAGCAGCCUCGAUGAACUCUGCUCCUGCAUCAGCGAUACGGAAUCCGUCCCCUUGUCGUGUAGCGAGCGAAAACUCGCGCGGGGCAAAUGCGAAUCGAGAAGCAAACCGAUCGUCUUCCGGCACUGUGGAAACCUGUUAAAGGUCCCUUCGGAUUCUUUCGACCUUCCGUUGAAGCCCUUCAGAGUAGACUACGUCGGAAAAUCUGAGGAGAUCGGCAAGUGGGGCGACUUCUUCGAUCUUGUUGACCGAGUAUUAAGGGAGAGGGAUUUGAGGUUGAUGAGACGUAGAAUGAAAGAUUGGGAAGGUAACUAUUGCGCGGACGUCUGCACGAUGAUGCCCAGGCGUAGGGACGAUUUCGAGAAUCUGGAGAGAUUCAGAGACAUCGAGACCUACGGGUUCUCCACUUUCUGCAGAGGACUCAUGAGAUGGUCCAACUGUACCACGAAACGGUGGGACUGCAUAACUCGUUACCCACACCUCGUGAUCCACUUGCCGUCGAUGAGCUUUCCCUGUCAUCUCAGAUGCACAGCUCGAAAGCAUUUCGAAGCUCUGCAAAAGAUUCAAAUCGGCAGAUUGGGUUGGCUGGUAAACGAAAACGCCCAAGUUCUCUACGUGUACCCGGGUAAAUCGAAUUUCGAAACGAAGUGCAUCCUGGAAAACUUCGUGACCAUCGCCAGACCCGACGUGUCCCUGUCAAGGCUGUGGAUAGUCGAGAACGACGACCAGUGCCUCUGCGAAGACGUGGAGGAGGAUUACCGCAGCGGCUGCGAGAGUCUCUUCUACACGCCCAGCGUCUAUCGGCGAGUGAGGCACCUCACGGCCGGCCGUCACGGAUUCAUUAUUCCGGGCGUACUCAGCAAAACGGACGUACUCAUCGCCUGCGAAUUAAAAACGUCGAUCAUAGGUCCCUGCUUAAAGUUCCAGGAGCGUCUGCUCAACAAGCGCUACGUGCUGUCGCUGCUGGCCGAGUCGCGUGUCCCGCAUCCGCCGUUCACCGACGUACGGAAUUUCAGCGACCUGUGCGAGAAAAUGUCCGAGAUGAUGAGGGCACCGGAGGAGAGAGGAAGCGGGCCGAGGAAAUGGCUGCUAAAGGUCAACUGCGGUUUCUGCGGCAAUCAGAGCGCGCUCAUCUGUCUCGACGAGUGUCUCCGGUCCAAGGAAGAAAUGCCGGCAUAUCUGGCCGACUUGCUGCCACGAAAGCUUAAAGUGAAUAAGGAGGCUUAUAAGGACGUCAAAGAUUUCUUCGUCGAAUUGGAGCAACACGGCGGAGUGCUAACCGUCUGCCCACCCGGCAAUUACCGCUCGGUGAGCCUGGGCUGUUUCAUCGAACACGACACGGCCAAGGCUUGUCUGCGCACAGCAGCUGACGUCAUCCAGUGUCACGAGAACUGCUGCUGGAUCGACCUGGGCUACGUCGUGCCACAGACCAGUCUGCCGGAGGAUUUGCUCCAGGUGUUGGUGUCGAAAGUGGGCGAGGUAAUGGUGACGGAGCAGUACAUCGGCUUCUUCGGCGUCGACGUCGUCGUCUUUGAAGAGGAAAAGGAAUUAAAGUACUGGGUGGUGGACAUCGAUCCCUACUACACAGACCUACUUUCAUUCGACGACUGGAGAAGAUUUUGCUUGGACAUCCCGAUCUUAGCGAGUUACAGCGAAAAUUGUUCUCCAUCGCCAUGCGAAGGAUCUCGAAGACCGUCGAGCUUGACUUCGAAUCAUCGUUUCGUCGUCUGCAGCGGAAAAUUGUACGUCGACGGUCUACUCCUCUCGUCUCUCCAUCUAUUCUCCGAUCUGUUAAAGCGACAGAAAAUCGCCUAUAGUUUCAAGGCCAAAACGGGCUGCAUGAUCUGUCCCCUCGACGGCGAGAAGCGGGCUUUCUUGCUGUUCAGCUUCUGCAGAUCGAGGGAGUCAGCUCUGAGGAACUUCGUCACGGCUCUAAAGGCUCUUAACUCGGCAGCCUCGAGGAGUGGCGACUGCAGUAGCCUGAGGAGCAACGUCCUCAAUCUCGCGCGAGAUAUGGAAAGAGUCUACGGCCUGGCCUAAGAGACGCGAAAAACCAAGAGAAAUGUCGCGUCUCGGCUGCAUAAUGACGAGAAGAAAAAAGCGCUUUUCCUUUUUAAGAGAGAGCGAGGAAGAGAGAGAGAGAGAGAGAGAGAGAGAGAGAGAGAGAGAGAGAGAGAGAGAGAGAGAGACUGACCGACGACGACAACAACACACUCUCUCACGACUUCUGCUGCUGCUGCUGCUGCUGUGGCCUCCUCCGCUCAAUGGGUUUAUUAACCGCGCUCCCAUUGUCUCGUUCUAACAAUGGAUAAACUCACGUCUCGUUCUUUUGUCGCUCGCGCUCUCUGCAUAUCCAUAUACAUUGGCAUUGCACACACACAGAGUCACCUGGCUCCGCCAUUGUCGCGCUCAUCCGACAGUCGAUAAGUCGGGUCAGGCUAUCGAGCGAGAAACGAGAAUUUAUGUAUUAUAUAGCUCUUAUACAUGCAAGUGUACGGCCGCGCGAGAGCGACGUGUAUAUGUGUAUACGCAUAGUGCGCAGAGAGCGAGGCUUUGUUCUUAUCGACGACGGGUACGGCAGACGCUGCUCGCGGCUCGACAGAGGCCGCGCGUGUGUAUCCGCAGCACAGAGCAAGAGAGAGAGAGAGAGAGAGAGAGAGAGAGAGAGAGAGAGAGAGAGAGAGAGAGAGAGAGCUGAGGCGGCUUUUGUUGAAUUAUGCGCCGCCGCGGAAUUGCCAGUGAGCGCUGAGCCGAGCUGAGCUUGAGAUAGGAGGCCCGAGGAAACAUGUGUGUCAUUGUCUGCAGCGCGCAGCCACAACGGCGAGCACAGCUGCUUUUUAAUGAUUACGAGCGGCGGGUGCUCGCUAGAGGAUAAGCGAUAUUUUUUGUUAAUUUUUUUUUCUACCACUUUGUACACAUCGGUAUGUAGAAUAUACCUACGUUCCAUAAUAAUAGCUCAACUUGGCGACCGUUGAAUCGUCGCCUCCAACAACCCUCAUCAAAGUUACAGCUCAAAGCACAUAUAAUCCGACAAACGCUACCGCCGCACCUUUCGCAGUCCAUCAAUCAAAUCGGCCCAGAAUCCGGGAGCGUGGAGACCGCAUCGCGCGCGCUUAUAUGCUCGGAAUUUCGCGAGCUCAAACGCCCCACAUCGGUGAUCGAAUCGUGUAAAAAAAGCGUGAUCACUCCUUUAUCUGCUGCACGUUUUCAUCCCGAGCGUAUAUAUGUAUAUAUGGGCGAGUUGAGGGAGAGAAAGAGAGAGAUAGGCGCACGAAGGCUCCGACGAUCGACGUAUAUACGUAUAGCCCCUAUCGCCCGGUAUUAAUCGGCCUGCCGCUCAAAAGAGUAUAUAUGCGCGCGCUCACCUGGGCUCUAUAUCGACGGGUCGAUUCGUCGCUUCGCCUAUACACUGUAUGGAGCUUCUUUUUAUUCUCUUUCUCUGUAUCUCUCGCGCCCUUUCGGUGAAAUUCUUAUUUUUAGACCGUUUGAGAGAAGGCCGCUUUAUUUGCGGCCACGGUGAUUGGCAUCGGUGUAUAUAUGCGUAGCUCCGCGAGAAAAUAUGGUUGGAAAUUAUAGGAAAAUAUCGAUUUUAUCGCGGUUCUACGUACAUUAUAUCUAUAGGUAUGAGUUAUUAUAAACACACACACACACACACACGCGCGCGCGCGUACAGACGCGGAGAAGAGAAACGUAUCGCGUUCCUUUGCACCCUUUUUACGAAACUCUGUGUGUUUAUCGACGAGGUGCCCUUUAUAGCUCUCGGCACAUACAGGCGCGGGGGAAAUUCAACGGCGACAGCUGAUACGACGUCGGAAUAUAAGUUGCGGGAACGUUGAUGUAAACGUAUCUGCAACGCGCCGCGAGUUGCGACGAGAGGCGAUACGAAUGGACGAGAAUUUUAGAGCGUAUCUCCCUUUCGUGUCGUUCGUCGCUACUGUGUACAGGUGACAAUAAAACUCGCGUUGAAAAGCUCGCCUGGCGUCUAAUUACAUAUCGAAUUAUUCUACCGCGAAAUACUGGGUCGAUCGCAGCCUUGAAUCGCGAAUGGAAAGAUGACCCUGCGUGUACACGCUGCGCGGGAGAAAAGUUGACGCGCGGCAUCUCCACUGUCAUCCGCUUCUCUUCCUCUCCGUCGAAAGGCAAUUCCUGACGCGAUAAAGUCACUUCACUAUAGAUAUAUACUCGACGUGUCAACACUUCUGCUCAUACGUGUGUGUAUAUACGUACCUGUGUGAACAGAAUCACGACGACGAAUUUCACAACAGGUGCAUAAAGUCGUAGAGAGAAAAAGAGAAAUCGCCGGAAAUUGAUCCGCGUGCGUGUCGAUAUAUGUAUAUGCCCUUAGGAAAGCGAAUCUACGACUGACUUUGCCUUUUGAUACAGAUAUUUUCCACUAUCGCGUGACCGCCGUGAAAAUGGGAAUUCACGUGUCAUACGGGAGAGUCUCCGGGAAUAUCGAAAGAUGCGCAUCAGUGACAGUUCAGAGACGGGUGUUACAUUUUCCCUCUAGCCAAUCGGUUUGGCAAUCAAGUGGAUUUGCUCCCGAUUGAGAACGCGAGAAAAUUAAAAAAAGAACGAAGGUUUCACCAAACUUUCGAGUGAACUACGAAUGCGCGCUAUACACAUACGUUUUCCACUGCCAUAUCAAAAAUCCUCAAUCGCAACCAAAGUAAUACCUAUAGCAAUGUAUACAACCAUUACUACCCGCAAGCAUGCACCCGUUACUCAUUCGCCCGCCUAGAUCAAUAUUACCGCACCUCACGCACACACACACACUGAACCCCUCACUUUACAAUCCAAACAAAUCCCACGUCAAUCGCGUUUCAAAACAACAACAGCAACACACUGCAACAAUAACCCCGAAAACAGCGUCUGCGUGACGGAUCCAUAUUUCUCUCUCCCUCGACCGCUUCCGCAACAAUCGGCUCUAAUCUACCUGCGCGUCUUGCCGAAAAACGGCGCAAUAAAAAAGGUACAGUAACGCCACGCGCGAGUGAACAGCACGCGAAGAGUCUCCCGAAAAAGGGAGCUCGCGCAAAGGUGGAUAAAAAUAAAGAGAGCCCCUCCGCCCAAAGCAAUGCGCGAGCGCGUUUUCACGCACGCUAUAUGCUUUUUCCGCUUUAAUCACCGCCGGCGCGCGCGUUUAUACCGCGUGUUUCGGAUUCAGACUUCGUCGCACGCUGCGGCAAAAAUUAAAAAAAAGUAGACGGGCUUAACAAGACACAGCCGCAGCCGAGACAGAAGAGGAAGAAGAAGGGAGGAAAAGAGACGAAAGAGACUCGGAAUAUCCACUUCGCGCGCUGUCUCUAACGAAUCGGACGCGCAGAGCGCAGUAGUGCAAUCAACGAAGCAGAGCUUUUUCUUCAUCCGAAAAAGGCGAGAUCCACUAUUUCGACGCUCUCUCUCUCUCUCUCUCUCUCUCUCUCUCUCUCUCCGCGACGUUUUUGUGUUCUCUCGAAUAAAGUGGCUGUAUAAUAUCGAUUGAAAAUCCCCGACCUUUUACGCGCCGAGAAUUUCCAUGAGCGAGGGCACUGCUACUCCAGAGAAAGAGAGAGGGAGAGGUAGAAACAGUAACGAAUUGCGCCGCCGGUAAUAAGUCGCUAUAAGAAUUACCUGAACGAAACGUAGCUCGGUCUCGUGACGGAAUUCGACCCUUUCGCGAGCUUCCAGGAAACAGGAGCAAUAUUAAGUUUCGCGCGACAGCCUUUUUGCCAGGGACAGGUCGAAAAAUACAGUCAAUUGCAGACCACUUCUCUUCUUUAUCGUCCGUUUGAAUAUUCCGCAGCUUUUGACCUCCCUGCAUCGGAUGUCGACCUCUUUCGAUGGAUAUUCAAUGCUGUGCAAUCGUUAUAUACCUAUAUUCAGCUAUGCCAUCUACGUAUGCGCUAAUUUCCAUCGCGACGACACGGGCUUCUUAAAGGAAUCCGAUAAGUCGCGAGGAAUUCUCAUUACGUACGACGCGAGCGUAAAAUUCUCCCGACUACUCCGAGAAUAAUAUCUCUCUCUCUCUCUCUCUCUCUCUCUCUCUCUCUCUCUCUCUCUCUCUCUCUCUCUCUCUCUCUCUGUACUUACGUGCGUAUGUAUUUCGCGUUCCGGGAAUUGAUAUAGAUAGAUAUACACGUGGAGUGUAACACGUCGGAGUCGCGUGGCGCCUUAUACCCCGAAUAAGAAAGUCCCGGCGAUGAGCAGCAGCAGCGACAGCGGCAGAGCAAUCUCGACGCCGCGGGCACAUGAUUGCUGCGAGAGCAGCCUCUUUUCGCAAUCAAAAGUGUUUCAGAGCCCCGUAGAUUGAAGCGAGAUGUAUAGGUGGCUGGCUGUAUAGCGCUGUCCGUGGGCCGAAUACUUAUAUGUGUAUGUAUAAAAGCAGCCUCGUGAAGGACGUAUCUGUACGCGCUAUCAGCUCAUUCUUUUCGUCGUUUUUCCUUCAUUUUCAACCUCGGCACGUACGCGUGUGCGGCGCACAACUCGAUUCUUCGACCAAAAAGUCUGUCUUGUGUAUAGCAGCGGCUAUUGUUGCCCGCGCGGAGUGUAAAUUAAUCCUUGUGUACGUAUACGUCCCGAGAUAUUAUAGGUUGGAUAAUACAUUUUUCCUAAAGCAUUUCACGCGGAAUUCACCCCCGAACUAUAGAUCAGCUAUCUCGCGAAUCCAAUUCCGCGCACGGCGCAUCUCUGUGAACGGAAAAAGCACAUAUACGCGUCAGUUGAAAUUAAGUCGAUAAAUCACAGCUCGGCUGCUACACACAUACGUACAAGCGCGAAACUUUCAAUGAAGUCAUUUACGCGCGCGCGCGAUCGAUCGCGCUUCCAAACAAUUUGUCGCAAACAAACGAGCCGCAUUAUACGAGCGCGUGUUCCAAUUCAUAAAUCCUGGGGGCGCGGGGGAAAAAUAGUGCGAAGCUGUCGAUCGAGAGUGGAAGCUUCCCCUCGUAGUCAACACACGGGUUUUUUUUUGUUGCGACGCCGCAGAGUAGUAGAGCUUGGUUCGCUCCUGAAAGACCCCCCGCGUCGAUCGUUCGUCAAUAGGCCUUGGUAAAUCGAAUCACAUUCGGAUUGAAUCCACUUUGGUCUACGCGGGAAACGACGCGGCUGAUUUCGUUUAGGCCUUUGGACGCGUGAUGACGCCGGGGCUUUAAAAGGGAAAUCGAGUGCCGAUUGGCCGGUGAGCUUGGCCAGCGUGUGAAAAUGUUGUCGCAGCGAAAACAAAUAUCCGUCUUUCAUCAUUGCAUUAUGAAGAAGCUUUAAGAAUCACAAAUUUAUGAAUAAAUUGUACAUUCGAGUUCUGGGCUUGGGAAAA